CUUUAUUUCCGGUCAGUGGUCUGUGGGCGGGUGGUAGUUCUGAUGUCGAUGUUUGAGGAGUUCGACUAGGCUUUGGUACAUUUUGAACGGAUUCCAUUAGCUACCAAGCUACAAUAUAUUAUUUAGUCUUCCAGAAGAGACGUUUUGUCCAUUCUGUAACCUGUUCUCUGCAAUUACACGUGGGCGUUCACCUUUGGAACACAAUGCAGCGAGUGCAGUUUUUGAAAGACUCCUUCACUGGUUUGGAUGCGUUUCAAAAGCAGAUUGUAAUUGGGACAGGUGUGGCUACAGGUGUUGCGCUGGUGUACAUUCUGCAUAGAAGACGCCAAAAAGUCCAAACUAUUCCUCUUGGAGAAGGAUGGUGGGGAGCAGGAGAUAAGCCACGGUCAGAGGAUGACAGUAUCUAUUCCUUCGAGGUGCAAACCUCAGAUGAUGAAAUAAAGGACCUCCAUGAACGCAUUGACAAAACCCGCUAUGCUGACCCUCUGGAAAAUUCCACUUUUCAGUAUGGGUUCAAUUCGACGUACCUCAAGAGUGUGGCUUCCUACUGGAGGCAUGAGUUUGAUUGGAAAAAACAAGUGGCGAUGCUUAACAAGUAUCCACACUUCAAAACCAAAAUAGAAGGAAUAGACGUGCAUUUCAUCCAUGUGCGUCCUACCAAACACAAGAACCUAAAGGUGGUUCCACUCAUGCUUGUCCAUGGCUGGCCAGGCUCCUUCUUUGAAUUCUAUAAGGUCCUGCCAAUUCUCACAGAGAACCACAAUGGUCUCACCUUUGAGGUCAUAUGUCCAUCUAUACCUGGCUAUGGUUUCUCUGAAGCCCCUCAUAAACAAGGCUUUAACACUCUUGCUGCCGCCAGAAUUUUCCUGAAGCUGAUGGAGCGUUUAGGGUUCUCCCAGUUUUAUCUGCAGGGAGGAGACUGGGGUUCUCUCAUCACCACCAACAUGGCGCAGAUGAAACCUCAAUGUGUGAAAGGCCUCCACUUAAAUAUGUUUUCAUCGAGAAAAGGGUUCAAAGUGAUGUUGUCCAUCCUGAUUGGCUCUUAUCUCCCCUUCUUGGUGGGCCUGAGUCGCGAAGAUGUCCGCCGCCUGUUUCCAUUCUUUGAAAAGAAUGUGUGGGAAAUCUUGAGGGAAACAGGAUACAUGCACAUUCAGGCUACUAAACCUGAUACGGCAGGCUGUGGGGUGAAUGACUCUCCUGUAGGCUUGGCUGCCUACAUUCUGGAGAAGUUCUCCACCUGCACUGACAUGGAAUACAGAAACCUGGCGGACGGUGGGCUGGAAAGGAAAUUUAGCCUGGAUGACCUCCUGACAAACGUUAUGAUCUACUGGACCACAGGCUCCAUUGUCUCAUCCAUGCGCUUCUACAAAGAGAACUUUAAGGGUUCUCUAGAUAAAAGAGUGGAUUUAAGGACGAAGAUAUUUGUUCCUACUGGACUGGCGGCCUUCCCUAUGGAGCUGAUGCACUGCCCUAAGUCGUGGGCCCAAAUCAGGUUUCCUAACAUAGUCUCCUACACGUUCAUGCCCCGUGGUGGUCACUUUGCUGCCUUUGAGGAGCCUCAGCUCUUCGCCACUGAUCUCAUCCAGUUUGUUAAAAAAUUGGAGAAGCUUUGAAUGAAUGUACGCGUGUUUCAUGAAAGGGUUCCUAUGCACAUUUGCUUACACUAAAAAGCUUUUUUUUUUUAUAAAUCAGUACAUUUUUUAUUUCCUUUA